AUGCUGGUAGAUCCAUCAGUUAGACUAAGAGAUGCAAUUAUUGAAGGUAAUCUGCUUGUAGUUAAAAGGCUGCUAAAGAGGUUCCCAGAGUUAUUGACCAAUAUAGAUCCAACAAACGGUUGGAGUUCACUACACUAUGCAUCAUAUUAUGGUAGAUACCUGGUAUGUGUAUAUUUGAUUCAAUGUGGGCAUGAUAAGCAAGAAGUGCAUACAACUUUUAAGGGCAAUACGUGUGCACAUCUUUCAUUGAUGAAUGGUCAUGAACAAACGACACAUCUUUUAUUACAAUACUUCCCGCAACUUAUCGAUUGGAGAGGUCAUGAAGGCAAGACACCAGUUCACAUUGCAUGUCAACACGAUUAUUUUCAAUGUUUUAAUCUUUUAAUGGGCGUUGGUGCCAAUUUAACCAUUAAGGAUGAUUAUGGAGAUACCCCACUGCACGUUUGCCUUGAGUAUGGAUCAAUUAAUUGUAUGAAGAUGCUUAUAUUACAAGGAGGUAUUGUGGAUGAUCAUGUAAAAAAUAAGAAAGGUUGGAAGCCAAGUGACGUUGCAUCCACAUAUGAAACGACUAAACUGUAUACCAAAGUGUUAAAGGAAGCACAAAUGCCUGGAAACGUUACUAAACCUAACUUUGGUUCUUACAGAACACCUACACAAAGUUCAAGGGCUGUUUUCGAUGAUGGACCUUCACCUAUUCUGGCAUUAAAUUCGCCAUAUUCACUAUAUUCACAAAAUGGGGCUGGCGGCAGUGGAGGGUCUGCCAUUGGUAGUGGAUUCCCACAUCUACCUAGGAUUUCUACUAGUCGUAGACCUUCAUUAGCAACAAGUUCUAAAUCACCAGUGGGUAAUAUAGCGUCAAGGUUUGCAUCAAAGGAAUCAUCGUUAAGCAAUUCCUCCAGUUCAUUACAGGGAAGAGACACAUUAAACAGUUCUAUGGAUAAACAGACAAGAUCAUCAGCAGAAAUUUCACCUUCCAAAAGAGACAAUCGACGUAGCAGUGGUAGUGGCGGUAGAACGAGCAGUGGUAGUCAUACUCUAACCAAUAGUCAUGGCAAUACAGCUGAUUUGGUGAACAAGUAUUUAAUGACAGAAAACCAUGAAAAUCGAAUAGCAGGCCAUGGUGAAGAGGUAUCAGAAAGCACGCCUACAUCACCAAAAGGCAUUAGAGGCCGAGUAUCUUUACUAAACAUACCAAUAGCUAAGCUAAGAAGUCAUGACAGUGAUUAG